ACUGGUUAAGAGUUUGACCGGGAGUUGUCUCCUUCAUUUUCUAGCCUAGUGCUGUUUUUUUCUACCUUGCGCCGGUCAAACUGAAGGUCACAUCGCUACAGAAAGUAAACGAAGUAUAUACUCGGCUGCUAUUUUGAUUCAUUCCAACCAUUGAAGAAAAAAGAAUAACGGGUAAUGUCAAAUGAGGCUCGUGGUAUCGUUUAUAAUAGAGUUUGCUUGGAUACAUAAUAGUAUUCGUUUUUUUUUUCAAUUUAAGCGCUAUUUAUAACACGUAUGUUUUAAAUAACUUGAAACUUUUUCAUCAAUCAAUCACCGGGAGUUUUACUUAUAUCUAAUAUCUGUAGUAGGUAUAUUCACGUACAAUCAACAAUUCAGAAAUUUAAAUGAAAUGUUUAAUAGAGCAUAUAUCUCUAUUGAAUAGAACCAAAAUGGCGGACGAUACCUACUUCAUAUAGAGCUCUAAUGUAAGGAAUGGCAAAAUGCAUGUAUUAUGUCAUUUAUCGUUUGCCACAUCUUCAGUUUUUGGAUUCCACUAAAGUGACAAACUUCGAAAGAAUGCAAGCUCAAGUUAAAGGUCGGUACACAAAUAUUGUACGACCUAAAAAUAGUCCUGCAUCCGAACAAUACGUUGGGAGUCCCAUUUUGUACGCUCUCACACCUUUACCACGGAACUUUCGCAAACCUGAAGAGCACCAAGGAGCUUUCGGAAAAUUGACCUACCACUACUCCGGAAAGCAAUCUGAAGGAAACCGCUUCAUUUUAAACAAUGACCUUUAAAACAAACUACUCCCUUUUGGUUAUUACAUAUAUCAAUGUUAUGUAUUGCUUAUUGACAACGGAUACAUCAAUGUACAGAAGGUUAGCGGGAUGUGUAGGUAUGGUGUGUAUGGAGCAUUCUAUACAUGGUACUUUCGUGUAUGGAGUUUUGUAAAAAUUUGAAUUUUUUAAUACUUAUAAUCCAUAAGUUUGGGCUUGUAUACAGAAAAUAUAACUUAUAACGAAAA